AUGGUUGGAAGAAUUGAACGAACAGGAUUUGACCAAGAAAGCUUUGGUAAAGAAUUGGGAAUCGACGGGUUGACCAAUGACAAAUUGAUUUUGAUGUUGGAAGCUUUGGUAAAGAAUAUUUCUCAUAAGAUCACCUUCCAAAACUGCGGUGACAUCAUUGCACAGCUUGAUUUGGACUUUUCCUGGAGCUUUGAAUUGAAGAAGCAAGAGCCAGAGAUGUCAAUAACGUUCUUAUGUAAACUAAAUUGUCAACAGUUUGUGAACAACACAUACCUACAGUAUGAAAUAAACCAAUUCAAGCACGUAUUGGAUGCCAAGGAUUCUUACGUAAAGUUUUUGGAAUUGAACUUUAAGCAGACCCAUGGCGAACAACUAAUAAGACAGUACAAGAAAAACAACAAAGAGGUGCUUCGAUUCAUCACCACGUUUGACCAGAAAGAGUGGGAACAAGAGGUGAAAGCCGGUUUUCAGAAGCAAAGAUAUCAAAACCAAAGUUUAGAAGAUGUUAUUAGGCGUGAUAUUGAAAAAGCAGUUGCGACUACGUGGCCGGACUUCCAAGCCAGCUUCCAAUGGUACACCCACUACUAG